CUGUUUACAAGAAAGGCGUUGUGAGCCGGGGCGUUGUCGUGGUGCAACUUCUAAUCGGCUGCGUUGUCUUGUCGGACGCGAUUGACCCUUCGUUUGAGUCUCUUGAGGACUUCCACAUAAAGCUUGGCGUUGACGGUUUGUCCUGGAGGAACAAAUUCAUGGUGGACGAUGCCUUUGAUGUCCAAAAAGAUAAUGAGCAUCGUUUUCAUUUUGGAUUUGCUCAUUCUUCCCUUUUCCUGACGCCGGCAUGUGCCACUCGGACGAUCGCCUUUUUGUCUCGGGAUCAUACUGAAAGAUCCAUGACUCGUCACGUCAUACGUCUCUGUCGCAGAUUUACCGAGUUUCACACAGAAUUUAAUUGUGUACCUCUGCUGUAAUGAACGCUGCAAUUCCGGCUUGCACCACUGACAGAAACACGUCGUGCGAAAAAGUUUCUCCUGACUCUCCAGGUACUCGAAGACAACUGAGCCGCUCGUUCGUUACCUAGGAACGCCCUUUACCGACUUCAGUCGGUGCACGUACGCUCCGAAGUACAGUCGCGGCAGAAGAAAAUCAGUCUUAUUACUUUCUGGACAAACCCUGUAUAUGAGAGAGAGCGAGAGUCUAUGUACGUAGCAUGAAUUAAUAACAGUGAAUAAUUUAAGAAGUUAGUUGUUUGCUGAGGUCACUUCUUCUGCUUAAGUCAGUCUAUGACCUUCUACUUCCCAGAGUGUGUCGCACAAAACUUAAAGCAUGAUAUGUAUAUUUAACACGGAACGAAUAUGUUAAUCAGGCUGCUUUAAUUUGCGCAUUUUGGACAAUUUUUCUAAAAUAAUGAUUUAGAUGAAUUCAAAAUGGCAAAUCACGCUUUGAUAUUAGAUAAGCUCCAGCGUCUUUCCAUGACGAAGCAGCCGCACAACAAUAAAUAUAAAUAUGUACAUAUUGCCAAAAUCUGCUCGUCAAAGCGACUAUAAAUUAUGGCUGCCACCAACGUUGUGGCAGCAGUAGUCCUUGGCGAUUGCAUGUACUAACAUACCCAGUUACUUUUAUUAAGUCGUGAAAUUCUGCUUGAAAACAUAAAUAAGCCAUGGGUCAGCGAAUUGUUCUCAUUAUAAUGGUUUUUGCCGCUUGCUGUUAUACGAUUUGUAGCGCCAAGUUGCUUGAGCCGGUCGAUUACCAGGGUGACCUGUUUAUUGGUUUGAAGAGUCAGCAGCCACAUAAACGCUACCAAAGCAGUGAGCCGAGUGAGCUGAACGCCGUCCAAGGAAAGAACGAAAAUGCGGACAUAUUUGACGAGCUGCAAGCCGAUGUUUACGAAAACCUGGUGCGCUUAAUGAAAGAAAUGCAAAAGGAGCGUGAACGCGUGUCAAUCCGUUAUAAACCGAAUUUAGGCAAACGCUCGCAGUUAUACAAGUAGAAGACGCUAUCCGCCGAGAUAGAGGAUUCGCUUACAUAAACACCCGGAAAACCAUAAGAUGGAAAAUGCAAAAUGUGUAUAUUCGAAGCCCAAUAUUAUCCUAGAUAUGUAUGAAAUGUUCAGGCUUUCUAAAAACAAAAUGUAAAAAAGUGGUUAAGUAUUUAGUUCUAUUAAGUGGGUUCAUGUUCUUAGUUUUAGUGUUUCAAA